CCGCGAUCCAAGCCCGGCUUAUCCCACAACCACACAGACAUGUGUCUCUCUGUUAAUCCCCCUGUGCCUCUUAACACUGCCUCGACCAGUCUGACUUCACAGAGGACCAGAUCAUGGAGUUCAAGGAGGCCUUCCUUCUGUUCGACCGGACGGGUGAGGGGAAGAUCACCUACAGCCAGUGUGGCGAUGUCAUGCGAGCCCUUGGACAGAACCCUGUUAAUUCUGAGGUGCUCAAGGUCCUGGGAAACCCCAAGUUAGAAGGAACUGGUGCGUAUGGAGGUGAGCAAACACUUCUGGAAGAUGACAAUUUGCACUCAGCAAAUGGACUAUGGUGUGAGAUGAACCACAAGAUGCUGGAUUUUGAACAGUUCUUGCCCAUGCUCCAGGCCAUUGCUAAGAACAAGGACCAGGGGUCCUUUGAGGAUAUCGUCGAGGGUCUGCGUGUGUUUGACAAGGAGGGUAACGGUACAGUGAUGGGGGCAGAGCUGCGCCAUGUUCUCACAACACUAGGUGAAAAAAUGACAGAGGAGGAGGUGGAGACUCUGUUAGCAGGGCAUGAAGAUGCCAAUGGCUGCAUUAACUAUGAAGAACUCGUCCGGAUGGUGAUGAGCGGUUGAGGACCUCAGAAAGACAUUUCCAGCUUUAAUUUUAUUCCUAAAUCAUUUUGUAUUGUUUGUCUCAUCUUGCCCUUCCAUCCAUGUCGUCCUACCUCCAACAAGUCUGAGUUUUCUUUUUCUUUGUUAUCUUUAUUUGAUUUCAGAAGUGCCUUUUCUGUCUAAUGUGAAGAAACCCUUUCAUCUCAUUUUCCAAACAUUAUACGCCUCACAGGUACAAUAGGCAGGAACAUUUCCCUGAUGAUUUCACCUGUUCCAUCUUUGUCAGCCAACUCGUCGGUCUUGUUGUCAACAGCUUUUUGUUCAUUUGGAUGGAUAUGAUAAUGUGACAUGUUACACUGAACACUAUUGAAUAAAAAUCCUGGUU